AUGUCAAAAAAUGAAGUUAUUGAAAAUUAUAUGAAAAUUAGAAAUCAAAUUAAGGAACUUAGUUCAAAUUUGGAAAGAUGCCCAGAAUUGCUGGUAGUAAGUAAGUACCAGAGUGAGGAAAAUAUCAAAUUAUUGCAUGAAAAAACAAAUCAACAAAUAUUUGGAGAAAAUUAUGUCCAGGAACUAAUUGAAAAAUCAAGGAAUUUACCCAAGUCAAUUAAAUGGCAUUUUAUAGGUCAUUUACAAAGUAAUAAGGCUAAGGCCUUGUUAUCUAUAGACAACUUAGAAGUAAUAGAAACAGUUGAUUCAAUCAAACUUGCAGAAAUAUUAAAUAAAAUAUGUCAAACACAAGGAAGACAAAUUUUGAAAGUUAUGAUACAGGUAAAAACUUCCGAUGAAAUGAGUAAAUCAGGAGCUCAGAUUUCUGAAGUCUUAGAGAUUUUUGAAUAUAUAAUUUCUAAAUGUAAGAAUCUCAAAUUUCAAGGCUUAAUGACAAUGGGUAAUUCUGAUGUAAAUCACAAUAGUGAUUGUUUUAAUAAGAUGGUAAAGUUAAGAGAUAUUAUUAACGAAAAGAUCACAAAAAGUCUUGAAAACAACCAGUGCCUUGAAUGUAAGCUUAGUAUGGGUACAACCAGAGAUAUGGAAUUAGCAAUUAAAAAUUACUCGGAUGAAAUAAGAAUCGGAAGUGCAAUUUUUGGAGAGAGGGUCAAAAAUGGGCUCUAA